AUGGAAGUAGAUCAACCAAAUGCACCAAAUUUCGAUGUGAACAGAUUCCAUCAAGUUACUAUAAGGGAUCCGAUCGCCGGUGCAGACAGUACGUUCACUAUCCCUAGGAGGUAUAGUAAUCUCAACUUUUUAAAUGCAGGAGCCCAAGGAACUGUUGUGAUGGCAGAUGAUUCGGUGACUGGAGAGCGUGUGGCUAUCAAGAAAAUGCAGCAGCCUUUUGUGAUGACAAUGAGUGCAAAAAGAGCAUAUCGAGAGUUUAUUCUUCUAACAACAAUUAAGCAUCCAAAUAUCAUCCGUCUCCUCAACGCUUUCACACCAGACACCUCCCUACAGACUUUUGGAGAAGUCUAUCUUGUAAUGGAACUUAUGACACAUAAUUUGCACGAGGUUAUUCAUAGAUUACGCCUCGACCACAAGACGCUUUCCUUCUUUGUCUAUCAGAGUCUAUGUGCCAUCAAACAUCUUCACACUUCUGGAGUCAUUCAUAGAGAUUUGAAACCAUCCAACAUCGUUGUGAAUGAUCGAUGUGUUCUCAAAGUACUGGAUUUUGGAUUGGCAAGAAAGAAGAAUGUGGAUACAUCAAUGAGAAUGUCGGAUUAUGUAGUAACAAGAUACUACAGAGCUCCAGAAGUUAUCCUCGGACUUCCGUAUUCCGAAAAAGUAGACAUUUGGUCAGUGGGAUGCAUCUUCGCUGAGAUGAUCAAUCACACUGUAUUGUUCCCUGGCAAAGAUCGAAUCGAUCAAUGGACUAAAAUUUACAAUGUGAUGGGAACUCCCAGUGACGAUUUCAUUAACCAACUGGGCCAAUCUGCAGCCAUGUACGUCAGAUCAUUGCGUCGUGCUAAUCCGAAACCACUAUCUGAAAUUGUUCCUGACUCAAAUUUCCUCCCUGAAACUGAAAAUCCUAGAGUCAAUUUAACAGCAAACAUGCUGAAAAUCAAUCCAGAUGAACGAUUUUCAGUAGAAGACGCUCUUAACCACCCAUAUGUUAGAUUAUGGUUCAAAGACGAAGAAGUGAAUGCUCCAGCUUCUGAGAAUCGUUACGAUCAGGAAAUUGAUUUUGCUGAUAAGACACUUCAAGAAUGGAAGGGUCUAAUUUUCCAAGAAGUGCAACGCUAUCAGAGUGAUCAUGAUAUAUUUAAUGGAUAA